UUUUAUUUUAUUUUUUUUUUUUGUCAAAGCUGCCGAGAGAUGAUAAUGUUUUGUGGAAAAAGUAAAGUGAUAGAGAGAAAACCAGUCCCAUUCCUCACACCUGCUGGCUGCUUGGCCUCUUUCUCAUCACAGAUGCACACGGGGUUAUCACAGAAUGAGCGAACAUUCCAAGGAGGACCCAGAUUAGUUCCUCAAAAAUGGGCAGUUAAAGCCUCAGUUAGUGGGUCUCCUCCGGGACUCUACUCGGCCAAGAUUUUCGAACUCACACCUCAGAACGUUGACAUGGUUCUUGAGGAUGUUCGGCCUUACCUCAUCUCCGAUGGUGGCAACGUCGACGUCGUCUCUGUCGCAGACGGUGUCAUCUCUCUCAAACUCCAAGGAGCAUGUGGAAGCUGCCCUAGCUCAACAACUACCAUGAAAAUGGGGAUUGAACGAGUACUGAAGGAAAAAUUUGGAGAUGCAGUCAAGGAUAUUCGCCAAGUGUAUGAUGAUGACCACACAAGUGAGACAACGGUAGAGGCGGUGAAUGGCCAUCUUGAUAUAUUGAGACCAGCCAUAAAGAACUAUGGUGGGAAUGUGCAAGUAUUAUCUGUUGAGGGUGGCCUGCCAAGAGAGUCUUCAGUUGAAGAGCAUGAUGAUAGCAAACAGAUGCCAGAUGGUGAUGGCUUCCCAACUUGCCGGCGCAGAUCUGGAUUUGUCUAAGGCACAAAAAUGUGAAAAGAAAGAAGCAGGGUGGUGAUGCUGUAAAAGAAAGAAUCUGUGAAGAGGGCAUUGAUCUAGGUAACACACAACACACUUCCAAUUUCAAAGGUGAGAGUGAUGGUCCAUGGCAGCAAGAAAUGUGACAGCGGAGUUAAGGUAUGUGUAGAGGUCCGGCGGGCGGCCAAGGUGACCCCCCCACCCGCCGGUGAAGUAGAAUGAUUAGGUUCUUAACCUUGCUUUGAUACCAUGUAAAAUAUAUUGAUGGAUAUUAUUUAUUGAUGUAUUACAAGAUUGAUAAAUUACAAUUCC